AUUCCAUAUCACUCUUCACGUUUCUCACCAGAUUAUAUCCAAUACUCAAAACCGAUUUAACCAACUCAUCUCCUAAACAAAAACAAAAAUGUAUAUUAUAACAUCAAACUCCAAAUAUUAUAUGAUCUUAAUACUAUCCAUAUUCAGCUUAUUAUUCUCCCUCCAAGUAACUAAUGGAGACUAUGGAGGUUGGCAAGGUGGUCAUGCCACAUUCUACGGUGGCGGCGACGCUUCCGGCACCAUGGGUGGAGCUUGUGGCUAUGGAAAUCUGUAUAGCCAAGGUUACGGAACCAACACCGCGGCUUUGAGUACAGCUCUGUUUAACAACGGACUCACCUGCGGUGCGUGCUACGAGAUGAAGUGCAACGAUGACCCGAGAUGGUGUCUCGGUUCCACUAUCACCGUCACGGCUACAAACUUUUGUCCACCGAACUUGGGUCUCUCCAACGACAAUGGUGGAUGGUGCAAUCCUCCUCUUCAACACUUCGACCUAGCCGAGCCAGCUUUUCUCCAAAUCGCUCAGUAUCGUGCCGGCAUUGUCCCCGUCUCUUUUCGAAGAGUACCGUGUAUGAAGAAAGGAGGGAUAAGGUUUACGAUCAACGGACACUCUUACUUCAACCUCGUUCUGGUCUCAAACGUAGGAGGAGCAGGAGACGUCAAUGCCGUCUCGAUCAGAGGCUCAAAAACAGGGUCGUGGCAAGCAAUGUCUAGGAACUGGGGCCAAAACUGGCAGAGCAAUUCUUACCUCAACGGUCAGAGCCUCUCCUUCCAGGUCACCACCAGCGAUGGUCGGACCGUGGUUAGCAAUGACGUGGCUCCUUCUAAUUGGCAGUUCGGACAAACCUUCCAAGGUGGUCAGUUCUGAGUCCACACUUCAUCCUCUCUAUGUUUUGGUGGUGCUGGUGUGGCUGCGUAUUGCUGAGGUGGCUCGUUAACACCCGCUAAACCUAGCCUUCUUCACUUUCUUUUUUUGUGUCUCUUAUUUACGAGUUGUUGCGUACUAUGAUUGUAUUUCUCGUUCCUACAAAGAAGCAAGUUGAAAUUAAUAAAUCAAAUUUAUACUAGAA